AAAUUUGGAAAUAUUUCAUUUUAAAGUAGCAAAUUUUUUUUUUCUAAUCUGCUUUUUUCGUUUAUUAUACCUAACUAUCUUUAUUUCGAAUAUAAAAUUUAAUUCAGAUUUGGAAAAAACAACUCCAUAUACUUUUAUUCUUUGUGCAAAAACUCGAAUUGGUUGUGGUGAAACAAGUAUCAAUCGUUUAUUAACAAUGGAAAAACGAGAUCGACCUGCUGCUCCAUAUCCACCAACAAUAAUUGAAUCUUCAAUUAAUUCAACAAGUUUAAUAUUAACAUGGCGUAAAGAUUCAGAUUUUAAUUAUGCACCAAUACGAUAUACAUUAAUUGAAUAUGAAGAAGAACAUAUAACAUUAUGGAAAUCCUAUGAUCUAAUUAAUAAACCUGACGGACAAAUAACAAAAUUACUUAUUCGAAACUUAAAACCAAACACAAAAUAUCGUUUUCGAUUAGCAUCACAAAAUGAUAUGGGUAUAAGUGAUUAUAGUCGUGCAACGAAUUAUGUUCGAACAAAAGAAAGCGUACCAUUGUUUCAACCAACAAUUGAUUAUAUAUCAACAAAUCAACCGUGUCAAAUUGAUAUUUAUCUUAAAGAUUUUGAUUCAAUUGAUAAUAAUAAUAAUAAUAAUAAUACUCGUUUAAAAGUUUUAAUGAAAUCAAUUUCUAAUGAACAAAUAUUUCAAAAAAGUUAUCAUUCAAUUAAUGAAAAUUAUUCUAUACAUUUGAAUAAUCUAUGUAAAGAUUCAAAUAUGAAUGAUACUCAUGUUUUAUAUGUUUGUUUGAGUAAUACAAUUGGUGAUGGUCCACUUUCAUUUGCAUAUUAUUUUCAUAUACAAUCACCUGCACCAACUCAUAUAUCAAUUAAUUCAUUAAAUGUUAAUGUUUUAAGUUCAACAGAAAUAUUAAUUCAAUGGAAUAUAAAUCAAAUAUUACCAUCGACAAGUUAUCGAAUACGAUGGAUAGCAGCUAAUGAAACAAAUAAAGAAAAAAGUUUAAUUACAUCAUAUAAUGAAUCAAAUAUAAUUUUGGAUAAUCUUAUGCCUUUUACUAUUUAUAAAAUUAUGAUUAAUAUAUUUAAUAUUAAUGGUGAUGGACCAAUACGUGAAGCUGAUUUAGUACAAACACAUGAAGAUGGUAUGAAUAUUUGA